AUGAGGAGACACCGAUGCGUCAUCGACUCCGAGACCAGCGAGAGUGGAUCCGAUGCCGAUUCCGACACGGCGAUGCGCUGCAUCUCUUGUCGGGAAGAGUACCUUCCUCGCGAUGCAGGCACCUGCAAGGAAUGCUACGUUGAAGCCGGCGAAACUGAGGAAGAGCUUAAACGCGAGAUCGAUGACCUCAAAGCCAAAGUUACUUUCCUGCGCUUAUCGUCUUCUCUCGAUCAUGGCAACAGCUCGAGGUCCUUCACUGACGUUGUUCUUAUCGCCUCCGAAGACGCCGCCGGUUCACCUCCUAUUCCUGCCCAUAAAGCCGUUCUGGUAAGUCGUUCGCCAGUGUUCAGAGCAAUGCUUGAAAACGAGAUGGAAGAGAGCCGUAGCGGCACAAUCAAGAUCACAGAUAUUUCUUAUGACACUCUUCGAACUUUCAUCUAUUAUCUCUACACAGCUGAAGCAUGUCUUGAUGAGCAAAUGGCAUGUGAUCUUUUGGUCAUGGCAGAGAAAUACCAAGUGAAACAUCUCAAGAGUUUUUGCGAGAAGUUUCUGGUUACCAAACUCAACCUGGACAACUCUCUCAUGACCUAUGCAUUUGCCCACCAGCACAAUGCAAAACAUGUGCUUGAUGCUGCAUUGUCGCAGAUAACAGAAAAUAUGGAAAAGGUUACUAAAAGAGAGGAAUACAUGGAGCUCGUGGAAAAGGAUCCUCGUCUUAUCGUUGAAAUCUAUGAAGCAUAUCUCUCGAAACAGGUUAACACGGCAAUUGGGGGAACUAGCACGAGCAAAACUGGUUGA